AUGUCAACGACCGGAAAAAGCAUUCCUAGCAGCCAAUUAUCUUUAUACCAACUCGUUCUCUCGCAAGACACAAUCGCCGACAAUGUUCUCCACCACCAUUGGGAGGGAGCUGGGACUGAAGAAGAUCCAUACUUGGUUGACUGGCUCUCUGUAGAUGUUCGAGAUCCACAUCAAAUGCAAACCUGGCUAAAGUGGUCGAUUAGAACGCUCCAAGCUGCCUCCUUCCUAUCGAUCACAUUCGCCUCAUCCGCACUCUCAGCAGCCAACCCUCAAAUCCAAGAGAAAUUCGGAGCAAGUGAGGAGCUGGUCAUUGCAGACACGGCGCUCUUUGUUCUUGCUUUUGCAAUUGGACCUGCAAUUUGGGCACCUCUUUCCGAACUCUUCGGUCGUCAGAUUAUCUUCCUCAUCACCCACGGCUUGACCACACUGUUUGCCGGCGCAACGAUCGCUAGUCCGAAUAUCGCCACACUGCUUGUCCUUCGAUUCUUCUCAGGUGCAUUUGGCUCGUCAGCAAUCUCUAAUGCUGGCGGGGUGGUUUCGGAUAUUUAUUCGGCUCGAAACAGAGGCUUGGCUACUAUUGCCUUCAUUGGGGCUCCGUUUCUAGGCCCUAGUCUUGGUCCGAUUACUUGUGACUUUUUGGCUGUAUCUAAAGGCUGGAAAUGGGUACAGGGCGUUAUUACAAUCUUCAAUGGGGUAGUGUUCUUGGUUGGAAUUGUCUGUAUUCCUGAGACUUACACGCCUGUUUUGCUACGGAAGCGUGCUUCAACGCUUAGCAAAUUGACAGGUGCUGUAUACAAAAGUCGGCUUGAUACGGGUGACGCCCAUAGAACGGCUGGUCAGGUCUUUGCUAAGACUAUGGUUCGACCGUGGAUUUUAGUAUUCUUCAAGCCAAUUGUCCUAUCACUAUCUAUCUAUAUGGCAAUCGUCUAUGGAACUAUGUACAUGGAAUUUGCUGCAUUCCCCAUCAUCUUCGAGGAUACACUUGAAUGGCCACAAAGAACCUCAGGCUUGUCGUUCCUGGGAAUGAUGAUCGGACAGAUAUUUGGAUGUAUCUAUUCUGCUAUUGAUGAUGCUCGCUUCAAAAAAGUUGCCGACAAAGCUCCUUCUGGUCGCCCUCCUCCAGAAGCCCGAUUAAUUCCAGCUAUAGUUGGCGCAGUCACUCUGCCAAUUGGACUAUUCUGGUUUGCUUGGACUAAUUUCCCACAUAUUCAUUGGAUCGUAUGUGAGAUAGGUACUGUUCUCUUCGGAUUUUCUCACGUGUCAAUAUUUUUGAGUGUUGUCAACUAUUUGGUCGAUGCAUAUACCGUUUACGCUGCAUCUGCGUUGGCAGGCAACGCUGUUAUACGGGCUCUUUUUGGUGCAGCAUUCCCGCUGUUUACGACUCCGAUGUAUGAAAAUCUUGGUGUUCAUUGGGCUUCCUCCGUAUCGGCUUUCCUUGCUGUUGCUUGCUUGCCAUUUCCCUGGAUCUUUUACAAGUUUGGACCGGCUAUUCGUCGGCACUGCCAAUAUGCUGUUGAAUCCGCUAGACAAUUGGAUGCUGCGGCGGAGAGAAUACGUGUGCAGGCUGAUAUUGCCGUUUCUAGCGAAAUGAAACCUGAAAAUGAGACGGAUGUUGUGCGCAGCUCGAGCGAUCUGCCCGCUAGCAAGGAGGUCGCAGAGCCAUGA